UUUUGUAACAAUGUUGAAAUUUUGAUAGUAAACAAUUUGUUAUUGUACUUCCCUUGCAAUAUACUCCUCCGAUCUCCGUCUCCUUAAGAAAUCCCUCACUCAGCGACUGAGAGCCACCCGCCACCGGAUUCCUCAACCACCACCAUUUCUUUAACCACCGGUAAAAAAACCCUCUUUGCAUCUCAGCAAAAGAAAAAGGAAAAACGAAAAAUACCCUCAUUUUUCCGUUCGCAUUUUGGCACACUUUUGAUGAUUCACCGUACGAUUUAGGACAGAAAUCUACUCCGAUGGUGGAAUCGGCAGCGGUCCCCGGCGGCGGCCACCGCCUCCGCCGCUGGAUCCCCACCUCCGUCGCCUCCGUGCUGACCCUGAAACCCCUCCUGAUCGCCUUCUGGAUGGUUUUCCUCUUCACCGUCUUCUACUGGCAGCGGGACUCCGCCGCCCCCGGCGGCGGCGUGCUGGUUUUCCGUCGUGCGCCUCCUCCGCCGCCGCAGAGAGAGCUUCCCAAGCUCCGGCCCACGGUGUUCAACCUGACGGAUUUCGGGGCCGUUGGGGACGGGGCGACCCCCAACACGGCGGCGUUCGAGGCGGCGGCGAUGGCGAUCUCGAAGCUCGGAAAGAGGAGCGGCGGCGGCCAGCUGAACGUGCCGCCGGGUGUUUGGCUGACGGCGCCGUUCAAUCUAACCAGCCACAUGACUCUCUUUCUUGCCGAGGGUGCCGUUAUUCUAGGGAUUGAUGACGAGAGGCAAUGGCCUUUAAUGCCUCCCUUGCCUUCUUACGGAUAUGGAAGAGAACACCCGGGACCUCGAUAUGGCAGUUUAAUCCAUGGACAAAAUCUCAAAGAUGUUGUCAUUACAGGGCAUAAUGGCACCAUUAACGGGCAAGGUCAAACGUGGUGGAAAAAGUACAGGCGAAAGCUUCUCAACCACACAAGGGGGCCACUCGUGCAGAUUAUGUGGUCGAGCGACAUUAUAAUAUCUAAUGUCACGUUAAAAGAUUCUCCCUUUUGGACUCUUCAUCCUUACGACUGCAAGAACGUGACUGUAAGAAAUGUGACCAUUUUGGCGCCCAUCUACGAAGCUCCAAAUACCGAUGGCAUAGACCCCGAUUCAUGUGAAGAUAUGGUGAUCGAGGAUUGUUACAUAAGCGUUGGUGAUGAUGGUGUUGCUAUAAAGAGUGGUUGGGAUCAAUACGGUAUAAGUUACGGCCGACCUUCCAUGAAUAUACUGAUUCGAAACCUUGUUGUUCAAUCCAUGGUCAGUGCUGGAAUAUCGAUAGGCAGUGAGAUGUCGGGCGGCGUAUCAAACAUCACGAUCCAAAACGUGCACGUGUGGAAUUCUAGACGAGCCGUGCGAAUCAAAACAGCCCCCGGAAGAGGCGGCUACAUAAAACACGUGACCUAUCAAAACCUAACUUUCGACAACGUUCGUGUGGGCAUAAUCAUCAAGACAGACUACAACGAACAUGCUGACAAGGAUUUCGACCCGAACGCUAAUCCCGUGAUAGAGGACAUAAGUUACACGUCUGUACAUGGGGAAGGCGUGCGGGUCCCAGUUCGUAUACACGGGAGUCCCGAGAUUCCUCUGAAAAACGUGAGCUUUAAGGAUAUGUCGGUCGGGAUUACUUAUAAGAAGAAGCAUAUUUUCCAGUGUGCUUAUGUCCAGGGCCGUGUGGUGGGCUCCGUUUUUCCUCGGCCGUGCGAGAAUCUCGACUUGUACGAUGAGAGGGGGAAUCUGGUGAGGCGGUCGGGCGCGCAGAAUGCGACUGAUAUAGAUUAUGAUUUUUGAAAAUUAUGCAUGAAAGAACUUUUUUUUUUUUCUUUUCUUUUUUUUAAUCUACAUUUAUAUUGUAUUUUUUUGUUAUGUAAAUAUGGUUUUUCAUUGUUGAGUUUAAUACCAAGUUAAUGUAUUUGCAGAGUACAAAGUUUGAUGAGUUUUUUCAUAGAUAAAGGAGAAACAGAGGUUUUCAUAAAAUUUGUGGAGCAGUUUU